ACUCUCUCUUCUCAUCUUCAUUCUCCAGAUUUUUCCUCUCUCUUUAUCUCUGUAGGAGGUUCCAGAAGCAUGUUGCAUUUUUACUCUCUCUUCUCAUCUUCAUUCUCUAGAUUUUUCCUCUCUCUUCAUCUCUGUAGGAGGUUCCAUAAGCGUUGGUGAAUUCUCCUUUGCGUGUUCAAUAUGUUUUUGAAGGUGGAUCUUGGGUUAUUUUUGAAGAUCCGUGACUUCUUUUGUUGUUAUUGGAAUAUUUUUAAUUUCUGCGUAGUGGGGGGGUUUUUUCUUUUUCUUUUUUGCAAGUUUUUUGUGUACCUUAUUUUUUGUUCUCUGUUAUUUUUUUUCCUGGAUGCGCGAACAUAUCCUUUGCUUGUGUUGAUUUUUUUGUAUUUUUCUUUUUUGGUUUGAAUAUUUUCUGAAGGUCAUGGUAAGUAGGGUGGAUGGCACCUGUUUUCCAAGGAACCUAGUCAUAGGUAUGCGAUUUCUCGGUCCAGUAGUUUAUUUUUACAUGGUUUUUGGUUGCACAUGCAAGAUGUGGACAAUGUGAACACCAUUAUUGCUCCUGCUUUGGUUGGCAAGGUUGGUUCAAUUUAUUCUACAAUAAUGUUGUUAACUAAAGAAUUUUUUACUGGCUCAGGUUAGGACUUACUAAAGGUUAUUUGGCUCUAUCUAACUUUUAUGUUGCUGUUUGUGACGAUGAGCAAGACCCAACUCAGCAGACUGUUAUUGACAACUUAAUGGUUCAACAACUUGAUGGAACUGUUAACGAAUGGGGUUAGUGCAAGCAAAAGGUGCUUAGCUAAUGGAACUGUUAUUCCACGUUACCACGGGUUUGAAUAAUCAUUUUGUUUGUGAAUGCAUGCUUGGAUUUCCUUUUAUUUUUUUCAAUUAUAUAGAUAACCCUUAAAUUUUCCCUUCAGUUUAUGCAUGUUUGGAUUUUCUUUUAUUUUUUUCAAUUAUAUAGGUAACCCUUAAAUUUUCCCUUCAGUUUUUUGAGUUUAUAUAUGUAUUCCCUGAAUCGAUCUAACAUGAAUAGCUUUCUAAGGAUACUCUUCUCGGGACGAGGCAAACGAUUCUGGAGACGAACGAUGGAGGAAACACUCAAGCUCCGUGUUCGAUUCCUUCUGCUGAAGACGAAGAUUUCAACUAUCAAUUCAAUUCCACCAGCUUCAAAGGGAAGGAAGGGUGGAUUGUCAGAAAAUCUUCGAUUCUGUUGUGCACUUCUGAUGCUAGAGGGAGUUGAGAGAGGAUACCUCUCAGUGCUGAACUUCCAGGGGAUAUGGUACUUGCAUACGCAGGAAAUGAUGAUGGAAGAAAAUUUUUGCUUGAUGGAGAGGUCACUAUUAACACAAUUACGGUGUUUGGGAAUGAUUUCCUUGAAGACAAGCUAAAACCUUUCCUCAAGUCAGAUCUUGAACCAUGAAGACACACUCUAAAAGCUGAGUUCAGAUCACAUCAAUGGCAUGGAGGAAAAUGUUCCACUUGAGGAAGUUUUUCAGAGGUGUGAUUCAAAUGGGCUAACAACAGAAUCUGUUGAGGAGAGGCUGGUCAUCUUUGGCCACAACAAACUUGAGGAGAAGAAGGAGAGCAAGGUUUUGAAGUUUUUAGGAUUUAUGUGGAAUCCUCUUUCAUGGGUCAUGGAAGCUGCAACAAUCAUGGUCAUUGCUUUGGCCGAUGGAGAAAUGACUAUUGGGCCGAACUUAAUCGAGACCAUCAAGGAAAUAUGGUUCCCAAGGCUUCAACAUUUCCUUCAGGAAUCAAGGCUCUGGCUCAUUAUGUUCAUUUCUUAUGUUUUUGGAGAGGAUGUAAGCUUUGGUGGGGUCUUCCGUUGCACUACUGGAUUAGCAGACCAAUUUGGUAAAAAGAGGGUUUUCAAUACUCCACUUUGGGAUGGCAAGACCCAACAACUUGGGCCAAAACUGUGGGAAAUAGUUGGAGAACAACAGGGGAUAUUGAAGAUAACUGGAAUAGGUGAGCAUGCUCACAUUCGUACUUUUACCGAACACUCGACAAAGAUAUUGGCAGAAGAGAGCUACUCUAUAGGUUUGUUAUUCAGCUUUUAUUUAAUGUAACAUACAACAUGAGUGUUGUUCAGCUUUUAUUUAAUGUUUCAUCCAGGAUUUAUAAUGACAACCAGCAAGGGAACAAUUUUAAAAUUUACAUGAAUAAAAACAUAAGAAAAGGUUUAUUAUCUCUUAUGUAAAUUACCUUGCAAAAUGUAAGUCUUACUACUGAUUGUUGGACUGGACGUGGAUGCAAAAUCUGAAUUUAAUUAUAUAUGUGCAUCAUUUUUCCCUUCAU